AUGCCUACCACCACCACACACGCUAGCCCAUCAUCCAACAACAACAAUAGUAGUAGUGCUGCUAGUGUACCUUUGCCACCGCCUUCAGCUCUUUUUGGAUCAUCUUUGCUUGAACCACCACCUACCUUUCCACCACGCCGCAAUAGCAUCUUUGAACAUCAGCAGCAACAGCAACAGCAUUCGGAAACUGUCAACCGACCCGUGUACAUUCUACCACCACUAUCUGGAUAUCCUCCUCAACCUCACCCAACCUAUGUUUAUCAUCCACCACCUCCUCCUCCACCAUUCCCUAUUCAUUAUCAGCAUCAUCCCGAUUCCCCAGUAACAACACCACCGCCAUCAUCAUCAUCAUCAUCAUCAUCAUCCACACCUGUACACUAUUAUUAUCCACCAUCUAUUCAUACCAUCAAGCGAGAAGAGUCGUUGUUGGACAAGAAUGUUGUAACACCACCAUCGCCUAAAAGUACACCUACGCCAAAGAAACGAAGAAAGACCAACAAAAAAGCAAAAGGUGGAUUUGAUGAACAAGAAGCUGUGAAUGCUGCUGCUGCUACGCUUGCAUCAUUUGCAUCCGCACGUCAACAACAUACACCUCCAUUAACCGCUGAAGAUGACAUGUGUUGUGGUGGUGAUAAAGAAUGUGCUGGACAAGGGUAUCUAGCAUGUGAUCAAUGUCAAACGAGCUUUCAACAUGCAAAAUGCCUUCAACGUCAUCGAUGGGAACACACGGAUGGAUGGAAAGAAAUUCAGCAUCAGUUUGGUAUGCCAAAAGGUCAGCAGGUCCAGCUCAUGGAGGCUGCUCAAAUCCUAAUGGAUAUAGCUCGCUGCGGAAUGCGUGUUAGCAUGGUAUGA